UUUGAUCGAAAUUAUAUUCCAAAUAGAAAAAACAAAACAACUAAAAAUAUACAAGCAAAUAUUUUGGUCAAAAACAAAACUAUUAACCAUUUAAAUCCAGUGUAGAAAAAAAAUUUAAAUAAAUAUAAAAUAAAGAAUAAUAUGACAUCUCUGGAAGCUAAAAGAACCCAAUUUCGAAAAUACUUGGAGAGAAGUGGUGUGGUUGAUGCACUAAGCAAGUCCCUAAUAAAACUCUACGAAGAACAAAAUAAACCAAACGAUGCCAUCCGAUUUGUCCGCAAAUACAUGUGUGAGUCGUGUCCAGAUGAUGCUAUGUAUGACGCCUUAAAGGUUGAAGUGGAAGAAGCCAAUCGAACAAUUAAUCGGCUAGAACAAGAAUUAGAAAGGAUGAAAUUGAAAGUAAAGCUAACUCCCGAUGAGAUAGCCAUCAAAAUAGAUGAAGGAUUUAAAUCACUAAUGGAAGACGAGGAAUGUGUUGAUUCCUUGUUGCGAAAACACCUAACAAAAGAGAUUUGCGAUGAGUUAAAGAAGACCUUCACUCCAGGACCUGUCGAGGCAAACCUACUCGAUUGUUUAAAAUCCGGAUUCGAGCACCAUGCAUCGGCGGUUGGUGUGUAUGCUGCCGAUAUAGCAUCCUAUGAUGUCUAUCGGAGUCUAUUUGAUCCCAUAAUAGUGGAUUACCAUGGACAGUCAGAAAAUGCGAGCGAGGAACGCUUGCAGAAGGACUCGGAUUGGGGUGAUAUAGAUGAAAUCGAAAACCUCGAUCCGGAUCACAAGUACAUUGUUUCAACAAGAAUUCGUAUUGCUCGUAAUUUGGUGGAAUAUCCGUUCUUUCCCAAGUUGACAGAAGGUCAAUUGGUAGAAAUCGAACAAAAGAUUAUUGAAGCAGUUGAGUCCUUGGAUGAGGAACAUGCUGGAGUUUAUUUAUCGUUAAAGGAUAUAGAUGUAGAUACUCAAGCUGAAAUGGUUAAUCGUAGGAUAUUGUUUCGAAAAGGUGAUGAGUUUUUGUCAACGGCUGGUUGCUAUCGUUUUUGGCCAACAGGCCGUGGCAUAUUUCACAAUCCUGCCGAAACAUUUUUAGUUUGGGUUAAUGAGGAGGAUCAUAUGCGAAUUAUAUCAAUGACUCCUAAUGGUGAUAUAGGUGAUGUUUAUCAUCGUAUGGUGAAAGGAUUAAGAGCAUUAGAAGAACGUUUGAAUUUUUCUCAUCACGACCGUUACGGAUUUUUGACAGCUUGUCCUACUAAUUUGGGUACAACUCUACGUGCAUCAGUGCACAUUAAAUUACCAUUGAUGGCAAAAAAUAUGGAAAGAUUGACAAGUUUGAUGGAUCAAUUGAAUUUACAAAUUCGUGGAACAGGUGGUGAACAUACUGAAAUCGAAGAUGGUAUAAUGGAUAUUUCGAAUAAACGUCGGUUGGGACACACCGAAUUUGAAUUGGUUAAAAUGUUGCAUGAUGGUAUAGCAGAACUUAUUAAAGCCGAAGAAGAUGAGGAAUUAAAUGAAUAGAGAAAAUAAAUUUAAAUUUAAAUGUUUUUUGAAA